AACGAUACAACUGUGAGAAAUGUACUGUUAGACAUGUACUGAUAAUUGCAGCAAAAUGAAUGGGUUAACGCAUCAGCGAAGAAGUAUACGCCCAUAUGGAAAUAAUUAUAACCAGUCAAGGUCCGCGAGCUUGGUGAAAUCACCCUUCGCGCUAGGAAUUGACUGUUUACUUCACGCAGAGGAGUUCGUGUUCUCCGGAACAGUAACUGAUGGAAUAUUUUCGCUUGGACUACUUGGACCGGAGAAUAUCAGCUUAAAAUCUAAAAGAACGCAUUCAGCGCAGCAAAGAAAAGCGAUGUCGAUGAACUUCCAAAGCGUGAAUCCUCUCAAUGUUCGAUUGAACAAGGUCUCGGGCAACCUGCUGCCGGUGACCGCUGACGGGUCGUCGUUUCCUAUAUAUUGGCAGGUAUAUGCUAUCGUGAUAUGGAUUAUGGAAAUCAUUCAAAUGAGCAUAUUAAUCCCCGGCUGCUUCCAAGUGCCAAUGCAGAACGCUCUGAAAGACGGCAUGAUUGGUAUCGCGAUCACGCUUGAGGUGUUCUUCAUAGUUAUACGACUGCACUUGUGCAAAGGACUGAUAGAAAGGUUGAUCAAUAGGCUGAACGACAUCAUGCUCUUGGACGAUGAGCUGAUGCGGAACACCGUAAGAACGACCAUCAAGUCAAUGGAUAAACCCCUCAAGUUCUGCUGGUUGGCCGGCGUAGUGUCCAUAAUCUUGUGGUGUAGUCCACCGUAUGCGUUGAUCUUUCAAAAGGAUCUCUUCGUUUACCUAGAUUACAAGAUGCCGGUCGCUUUCGGCACAGAGCCCUUCUCCACUGGAGUCUUCGUGGUGGGAAGUCUCAUCGUGUCGAUCAGCAGCGCGUAUAUUUUCACUAAGAAAAUUGCCGUGGACACCUACAUGAUAAAUUUAGUACUAUUAGUGACGGCACAGUAUCGAUACAUCUCAUUAAAGUUGUCGCUGGUGAUAAGAGACAGAAGUCCGGAGAAUAAUCUCAAUGGACCUGUCGAAAAAGAACGUUACUUUGAGAUAGAUCGAUACGUAAAAGAGCAGGUCAAAUCAUUGUGCCGACAUCACAACACCAUGCUUUACGUAACGCUUAUAUUGAAACAGUUGCUAUCGCUAAACUUCAGUUUAAUAUACAUAAACAAUGUUUUUCGUUUUUGCUGCAUCGCUUUCAUGAUAUUAGUAGUAUCGUCCAUGGAUUUUGUGGAGGGCUCCGGGGUUAUCUUGUACGCCUGUGGUGGAGUUGUGCAACUCUAUUUAUUGUGUUAUUGCGUACAACAGUUAUUAGAUGCGGUAAGCAUCCUGUGAUCCAUACAUGACUUCAUUUCGGAUUCAACUCCAUUUAAAAGCAUAUUUGCACAUGC